CUCCCAUAUCCCACCCUCCACUGUCACAAAAAAGAGCCCCUGGAGAUUGUCCUCACUCGAACUGAUGGAGCGGCGCCUGUGAAUUACCACAAGCAAAUGAGAGAGAGAGAGAGAAAUACAACACGGUGGAGCUAACUGCACUUUAAAAUCCACUCAGUCUGUGGCUCACGCCUCCUUAUCACUUCCGUGUCAGGGGAUUUCAGAAGCAGUCUGCCACUCGCAGGCUCAGUUUUUCUGACUCCCCCAUUUCAGUCUUUCUGAUCUGCCUCUCCUCCUAAAACCUCCUCCAGCACCCACCAGCCCCCUCUCCUCUCACCCACCCCCAGCAGGGAAACAAAACCAAGCUUUUGUAGCCCCUUCCACCUUUGCUUGGAGCCCAGGCAGAUUCCCAAUGGCUGAGGGUAGGAGGAUCUGGGAUAAGGAGGAUGACUUGCCGGUUUAUCUGGCCCGGCCGGGCACGGCAGCUCAGAUCCCCCGGCAGAAAUACGGGGGCAUGUUCUGCUCGGUGGAAGGAGCGUACGAGAGCAAGACUUUGGAUUUCGACGCACUGAGCGUUGGCCGCCGGAGUUCCCGGAGCACCAGCGGCGCCAGUAAAACUCAGGGGUCCCGGGACAACGCCGAGGCUUCCGGCGACACAGUCAGAGACAGCCCGCUGGCGACCGGGGUACAAAUCACCACGGCGAACGGCAAGGAGAGGCUGCAGAACCGGGAUGACCCACAGAGUGACCGAUUGCUGAUCAAAGGAGGCCGAGUUGUCAACGAUGACCAGUCUUUUUAUGCUGACCUGUACAUGGAAGAUGGCCUCAUCAAACAAAUCGGCGACAACCUGAUUGUCCCUGGAGGUGUGAAGAUCAUCGAGGCUCAUGGCAAGAUGGUUAUUCCUGGUGGGAUUGAUGUGCACACUCGAUUUCAGAUGCCAUACAAGGGCACGACCACCGCUGAUGAUUUUCUUCAAGGAACAAAGGCAGCUUUGGCAGGGGGCACCACAAUGAUAAUUGACCAUGUGGUUCCAGAGCCUGAGAGCAGCGUCCUUGCUGCCUAUGAGAAAUGGCGGGAGUGGGCAGACAGCAGAUCCUGCUGUGAUUACUCACUGCACGUGGAUAUCACCGACUGGAAUGAGGGUGUGAAAGAAGAAAUCCAGACUCUUGUGAAAGAGAAAGGUGUGAACUCCUUCCUUGUCUACAUGGCUUACAAAGAUUUAUAUCAGAUGUCGAAUGCUGAGCUCUACGACAUCUGCAAGUAUGUGGGAGACAUUGGAGGGAUAAUACAAGUCCAUGCAGAGAAUGGAGACAUCAUUGCCCAGGAACAGAAACGCUUACUGGAGAUGGGGAUCAGCGGUCCAGAGGGCCACGUACUCAGUCGGCCAGAGGAGUUGGAGGCAGAAGCUGUAUUCCGUGCUAUCACAGUCGCUGGCCAGACCAACUGUCCUCUCUAUGUCACCAAAGUAAUGAGUAAGACUGCUGCAGACAUCAUAGCCCAAGCCAAGAAAAAAGGUAACGUGGUGUUUGGAGAGCCCAUCACUGCCAGCCUUGGCACAGACGGCACGCAUUAUUGGAGCAAAAACUGGGCCAAGGCUGCAGCUUUUGUAACUUCACCACCGCUCAGUCCAGAUCCCACCACCCCCGACCACCUGAUCUCCCUCUUAGCGAGUGGUGACUUGCAAGUAGCAGGAAGUGCUCACUGCACGUUUAGCACAGCACAGAAGGCGAUCGGAAAGGAUGAUUUCACUCAGAUUCCUGAGGGCACGAAUGGGGCAGAGGAGCGGAUGUCCAUCAUCUGGGACAAGGCAGUGGCGACUGGGAAAAUGGAUGAGAACAUGUUUGUGGCGGUAACGAGCACCAAUGCUGCCAAAAUCUUCAACCUGUACCCGCGGAAAGGCAGAGUGGCUGUGGGCUCCGACAGUGACUUGGUCAUCUGGGAUCCCGAUGCGGUGAAGACUGUAUCUGCCAAAACCCACCAGUCGGCCGUGGAGUACAACAUCUUCGAAGGGACGGAGUUGUGCGGAGCUCCGGUUGUCAUCAUUAGUCAGGGGAAGAUUGUGCUCGAAGAUGGGAAUCUCCACGCCACCCCAGGAAGUGGUCGCUUCGUGCCCUGCAAGCCCUUUUCGGACUUUGUACACAAGCGCAUCAAGGCACGGAAACAGAUGGCACAAGUGCAUGGUGUACCCAGGGGAAUGUAUGAUGGCCCAGUGUACGAUCUAGGAACCCCCAAAGCAGGAACCCCUUCAGCCUCAGCCAAGACAUCUCCUUCCAAACAGCCACAACCUGUUCGAAAUCUACAUCAGUCUGGCUUCAGCCUCUCAGGUGACCCUACUGAUGGUCUUACAAAAUCUAAUGCAGGGGCUCAGGUGGAUGAUGGCCCUCGGCGCAGUGGGCACCGCAUCGUUGCGCCCCCUGGUGGACGCUCAAACAUCACCUCGCUCAGCUGAAGCUCAUGACGGGAAAAGAGAGAAUUGUGUGGGUGGGGGGGUAGAGAAGAAAGAAAUUGUGCUGUAAUGAUGACGUCUUGCAAAGAAAAGCAAAAUAAAAGAUAAUUGUGUUUGUCCUACAAGAAAUAAGAAAUAAAUGGUUACUCUGGAUUGAAUAUAAACAGUGCCUCAAGCCUUAUUGAUGAGAUAUGUUACUUUGCCAUCGCUUUGAGAAUGUCUUGUUUUCAUUUAUUUAGCCUUAAGCUGUCACAGUUUACAAGUUAAUAGUAGGGAUGCAGAGAUUACAGUGUUCCUGUUAAUUUAUUUUCAAAACAUUAUGCCACCCUGACCCCUCUCCAACAACCCGUGCUGACCAUCAUAACAGAGUUACUCAUGCUAUGAUCAUUUCUGCAUGAAACAUCUUUAAGACAUAUCGCUGAUUUUAACCUCAUGUAUCCCAAGUAACUCUGGCUUUGAGUCAUGUGGACUUCUCCCAACGAAGGAGCAGCGCUCUGAAAGCUUGUGAUUUCAAAUAAACCUGUUGGAGUAUAACCUGGUGUCGCGCGACUUCUGACUUUGCCCCUACCCCAGUCCAACACCAGCACCUCCACAUCAUCAAUUCUUGUGAAUGUCUGACUUAAAGAGUAGUGACUGCUUUGGGGAGAGUAGUCACCGUUUACGCUGUUCAGUUUUUCCCACUCAUACCCACAUUGAAGCGUUUGGUCCCACACCUGUUGGAAAGUGUGAAAUUUAACCAUGUCUGGAAAGGACCCAGCUUCUCUCUCAACAGUUCAAACGUUUGUGUUUAGUCAAUGUUGUGAAGCUCUGUGAAGCGUGUCAGACCAACCUUCACUUUCCUUGUCUCAAGAAAAAUUAGCUUUGCUGUAGGUCGUGUCAGAUGCAACUUCUAGCCUGUGCAGGUUGUCAGACUAUUGCACAGCUCUCUUGGCUGCCUGUAAAUAGAUUAGAUCUUGCGAGCGCUUUCCAAUUUUAAGGGAGUCCGCUCCCUCAUUCUCAUAAUGAAGACGACAAGCAGUUCACUUUUUUUAUUCUUCUGAGCAAGAGAUCAGAAAUUAGUGAAGCUUCUUCAGUCUAUGGGUCACCACACCUUCCCAUGACAGUGUGGAAACAGGCCAUUUGGCCCAUCAAGUCCGCACCGACCCACCAGAGAGCAUCCCACCCCAUAACUCUACAUUUCCCAUGGCUAAACCACCUAGCCUAUCAUCCCACGACACAAUGGGCAGUGUAGCACGGCCAAUCCACCUAGCCAACACAAGUUUGGACUGUGGGAGGAAACCUAUACAGACACAGGGAGAACAUGCAGUUGCCAGACAGUCAGUCACCUAAUGCUGGGAUCGAACCUGGGUUCCCAGGCCCUUUGAAGCAGCAGUGUUAACCACUGAGCCACCGUGCCUGGGCCUAGAGCCUGUAUCCAGCCUCCCAGCCUGCUUUAAAUGUGUUAUGUCCAACAGGUCAGGAGUUACUGAGCAACAUUUAACAUCUUAUGCUUUACGAAGCCCUGCCAGAAAUAGCUAUUGUCCCUGAAACAAGGCACAAAAGAUGUUAAUACAAGUGGUUAACAACUUCAGUGGCAUGUUCCAGUAUCUUUCAGAUACACUUAUAUUCUCAAAGUUGCUUCUUUCAUAUGAUUGAAUCCAAAGCACAAUUAGCUGCAGGCACGAAGAAAAUGAGGAAAAAUAUGAAUUGGAAUGUCAAAAGAAGUCCUCAGCACUCAGAUGGAUUUUAUUGAACUAAAAAUGUAUUGUUGAUUAAGGGAACUUUUCAAGGUUCACUCCCUGAUACUGCUAAUGACGGUUCAGAACAAAAUCCACCAAACUACCCAAGUUAACUUAAUGUUGGUCAGCCAUGCAGUUCAGAAGGCCCAAACUUAAAUCUCCAGUUUGCACAAAGUCUUUCACCUGAGCUGGCCAAAGAUUAGCGUACUUUAACUGCACUGAACUUGGUUGGAUCAGGACGGAGACUUUGCCUGGAUCCCAGCACCUAAUCACCCAGCUACCUGGCUCUGUCUGACAAUUGGUAAAGGGCAGUGCGGUGAGUUCAGCAUUGGCUUUGACUGUGAAGGUUCACAGAGUCGAAUGGUUUGCCAUCACUUACUGCCUAGAUUCAUGCAGCAAGAAAAGCUUCUGGAGAGGAGGAGGACGGGUAGAAUUGUGAAAAAGAAAAUAAAUUGGUUGAUCCACAGGCUCAUCUCCCAAUCGGCCCUGACCAAAGUUGUAAUUCUUUUUCUCGGUAAAUUCUUGGCUCUUCGUCAAGCACACUGUAAUCGAUGCAUCCUUUUAAAGAACAAUAGUCUCGAUGUGUAUUCAUGUUAAACCUUGUGCAUGAUGCUGAAUCUUCUAGGAAUUGGCUCGUCAAGUCAUACAUUGCAUUACUUCGGAGACUUAAAGUGCGUUCCACAUUUUAUUUGCUGCUUGUCUGUAUGUGUGUAUAUCUGCACACACACACGCACAUACUACCUCGCAAUAUCACCCAACUUAGACGCUGACCAUGAGGUAUUACAUCAAGUGUGUUAGUAUUCCCAUGAUCCUCUCCUCAGCAAGGACUCUACUAUUUUUAAUGAAUAUAUUUUAUACAGCCUUAAUACAGUACAAAAGCAGCAUAUUGUGUUUUUUUUUAAUUAGCUCCUGGAUUAAUCCUCUGAUCCACAUGGGUUUAGCACGAUUUGACUAGGGAGCCCUAAAACAAAAUGCAUCCAACGCUUCUCUUUUAUUGGGGAGAGCAGGGAAGUUGUUUUGUCAAACUUGUAGCCAGCUUCAAUGAUAAACACCCCAAGUGAAUCCUGUAAAGAUAACUCAGUCCUUCACCCUUCAACACCUGGGAUGCAGUUAUUAAAUGAAGAAUGUGUUUCCUACCUACGAACACCCCUCCCACUUAAAUGAUGAGCAUGUCAGAGAAUGGAAGAACAACAUUAUUGGCACAAUGAUUCAUUCUCCUUUAGUUGUCUCACGGGGCAAGCACGGACAGAGAGAAUCCACCCAUACAGCACAGAAACAGACCCUUUGAUCCAACCAGUUCAUGCCGAACAUAAUCCCAAACUAAUCACCUGCCAGCUCCUGGCCCAUAGCCCUCCAAACCUUCCCUAUUCAUGUACUUAUCCAAAUGUCUUUUAAGUGUUGUAAUUGUACCCACAUUCACUACUUCCUGAGGAAGUUCAGUCCACAUGCAAACCGAUCUCUGCGUAAAGAAUUUGCCCCUCCAUGUCUUUUUUUAGACCUCUCUCCUCUUACCUUAAAAAUGUGCUGCCUAGUCUUGAAAUCUCCCAUCCUAGGGAAAAGACAACUUCCAUUACACCCCUCAUUAUUUUAUAAACUUAUAUCAGGCAUCUCUCAACCUCCUACGCUCCAGUGAAAAAGUCCCAGCCCAUCCAGCCUUUCUUUAUACUUAAGCCCUCGUACAUGGCAACAUCCUGGUAAAUCUGAACCCUGUCCAGUGUAACACUUCCAGAAGAGGCCUCACCAAUGUCCUGUCUCACAGGUUUUUGAACCUGUGCAAAGCUGCCCUCUUUCCCACCUCCCAAGCAUUUGUUGAAUAGAUCGCCGCAGUCUUCGUAUGAAAUGGUGCCAUCAACUGAUUUAAACAUAUACCUUCCCCUUGUUUCCCCUCAGAAUUUUCCACAAGGUCUAGGCACUAUCAGGAUUGAGAUUUAUAUCGGUAAUGAGGGAUUGAUUACAAACCCACUUUAACACAAGGACAGGUGUCCACAAGUUCGUUCGGAGACAAAAUAUUUUAAUGCUUAAGUCAAAACUAGUUACGGUUGAUAUGGGCUGUAGCCCCAGUAGCGAGAAAACUAUCAUGUUUCACUGAGAAUUUGACGCCUUAUGCUUUGCAAUUAAACACAGUCAGUCUCUGUUUAUGCAGACUGGGGGAAGGAGUAUAACUGGACAAUUGAAAGAAAUAAUUGGGACAGUUUUUUUAUAUAAAUUGGCCUCCAGACCUCAAAAUGGCUGCCAUGGGUUGUCCACCAUUUUGCCUCAUCCUUGAAGCUGAAUAUUACAAGGGGCUUGUCCCUUUAUCAGCUAUUUCAUCAACAUGACAAGUGAUAAAGGGCUUCCAAAAUACUGAGCUGUUUGCUUUCUUCUAUUUUUGUGAAUGAUUGGCAUGUUCGGCCUUAGGCAGAGCUUAAGGGUAGCACUUGACGUUAUCUGGGCAUUGGGUUGGGGAUGUGUGAAGGGUGAUGUUUGACUCUCUGUUCCAGGACAGACUGGGCAUGUUGUUCCCACUGGUUCAGUCAAAAUGUCUAAAAAAAAUCUAAAAUCUUCCUGUGGUUUGAGGUUUCAACGGCUAUUUUUUAAUUACAAUUUUUUUCCCAAAAGUAAAAGCCUCUGAUUUAAGGAGAUUUAAGGACAACAUUUACCAAGGUGAUUGAUGUUUAGAAAUUGUUUCUUGUAUUUAAUAAUGUUUGUAUCUACAGUACUUGUCUUGGACUAAUAAAUUUAUGCAGAUAUGGCUUCCCGAAAACA